GCACGAAUAGCGACCGCAUACUGCUGUCCCCACCUCACCCUUCCCUUUUGGUUCCCACCCUGCUUCCACCGAUCUCCCACCACCGCUGGUCUCUGUCAUGUUCGACCGUAUCCCGCCGCGUUUUCAAUCUCUCUUCUUGUCCUCGCGACACGAAAGGAACUGUUCACGAAAAAUGCACUAUCGAAGUUCUUUACAAGUCUCACAAUUUAUUCCUCGAGGCUUUUCGUAUGUCAUGCAAAUUUACGAGAGCACGAUCGACCAGAAGUGUCUCCUCGCGAUCGAGACGUUUUAAAUAGUAACCUACCGACGCAUGCGUAAUGAUUUCAUGAUUCGGUGAUAGCAUUGGCUGUUGCCAUGAGAACCGAUGUAAACUACUGCCAUUUUUCCGGCUUCAGACCUUUCCGAGGUUAUCCCAUCAAAGAAAGUUGCACGAUUAAAUAAUCACAAUGAAAAUACUGUCGCUUCACGAAUUCGAUGCACCUUCCUUCGAUGAUUUAGCAACCGUCGCGCUCAUAGAAGAUAACUUAGAAUAUUGCGAUUAUGAGCAUUUGUCGGAUGAACUUCAACCGUUCUCGAAGUAUUUGCGAGAGUAUCCAGAGGUGUCUAUCGCUCCGGAUAUUCUUGCCACGCGUGAAACAGCGCGUGCCGUUUGGGGCGAUGGUUUGUUCUUGCCGGUGCACGAUAGCAUUUUUAAAAAAAUUGCUAGUACGUGCAGGGAAAAAGGGCUGACCGAGGCGAUCUGUCUGGCUGCGUCCACAGAGCCAGAGGAAAUCACACCGGUUUUACAUUGGAUAGUUACUAGACUUAAAUGGGUAUUGGAUUUAAUUGAUAGAGGAACUAAUCAAAGGGAAGAUUUGCCUACUUCAGGCUCUGGGUCCGUUGCAGAUAUUGUUCACACUAGGGAUUGGGAAACGUCUCUUAUUAGAUCUAUUGCUUGGCAUCCGCACUGUCCAAGAUUAGCAGUAGUCACAAGAGAUGAUCGUAUACGUAUCUUCUCUCAGGGAAUACCAGUAGUGCCGAUCCUAAGACACAGUGCUCAAAAGUCGAUUUGCUGCAUAAGUUGGAGGCCACUUGCUAGCAGGGAACUGGCAGUGGCGUGCCACACGGGAGUUCUAGUUUGGACCAUCGAGUUAGGAGCAGCUAGUAAUUCUCUUAGUCAUGCAAUACUGUUAAAACAGAGGAAUCAUGCUCCUGUGACAAGCGUUACAUGGCAUCCACAGGGUGAUCUACUGGUGUCUUGUUCAUCUGCGGAUACGCAUAUAAUCAUCUGGGACACUUCUAAAAGAGAAGGUGUUCCAUUGAGGCGAGUCGGAGGUGGAGGCUUAUGCUUCACUCGUUGGUCGUCCUGUGGCUCUCGUUUGUUUUCAGCUUCUUGUAGAAAUAUCUUUAGAGUUUGGAACACGGGCGUGGCGACGUCGUGGCACGCGGAGAAGUGGACAGUACCUAAUGGCCGUGUAGCAGUUGCAUGCUUUGGUCCAAACUUGACACUGUUGUUCGCGUCGAACGAAGAUCCUGCUAUGAUCUUUUCCUUGCCGUUGCAAGAGAAUAUCUUCGAUGUGAAGAAAUCGUCUUCGGACGACGCGAAAAUGGCCACACCAUUGAUAGAUUUAACGAAAGUGAAUUUCUCGUCAAACGGCGAUUACGUUGCUGUCGGUGGAAGAAUCGUAGCGAUGGAAUGGGAUCCCACAGGGAGAUACCUCGCGAUCCUCUUCCAGGAUAGUCCUUGGGUCGCGAUAAUUAAAACUAAACUCGGGAACUUGUCGCGAGUGGUCGAGAUCAAACCGAGUUGUCUCGUCAAGGGAUUCCCAGGAGAGAUUCCGAGUUGUAUGAACUUCUACCAGAAGUAUAAAGAAGAUUCCAACAUGAUCUGUCUGACGAUCGCGUGGAGCAGCGGUCGCAUACAACAUUUCCCGAUAAUCGAGAAGGAAACUGUGCCUGUCGUGAACGUAUCGUGUUUGUCCCAUUCCUAUUCCCUGGCACACGACACUUACAAUUUCAAUCUGAGAGCUGCUUUUUGAUGACAGUCAAGCCAGGGAAUACAAGAAUACAAGAAUUCCAUCGUUGAGUCGUUAAUUUGUACAUAAGGACUCGAAUGCCUUUAUUAAAUCGAGUAUGAAAGAGCAAUAAAUCGCUCGUUUGUAUUCCGACAGAAGUUAUAUAAUAUUUCAUAACCGAUUCGUCAGCGCGCGUCGGAUGAAAAAAAAACUCGUUGGGUCUCCGGUGUUCAGCACUGUGUAACGUGCUUGCUUCGUAACGUAUGGGACUUAGAACUCGACUGCUCUCGAGUUCGGUACCUAAUUAUACAAAGUCACAUGCAGAGCGCGCGUCUUUCUAUUUUUACGUCGCUUGACCGAAUGCUGAACGCCGACAUGUACCGUGCAUGACGCGCCCGCACUAUUUCCAAUACAUUCUCUAUUCACUGUUACACCCGUGCUGCUCCAAAGACAAAUUACAACCGUUACUGUCUACCGUUUUAAGAAUUCUGCCCUCCUAAAUAUAUACACACUCUUCGAGCGUAUUUCUUCACCCCGUCAGUUUAUCUAUGAUUCAUGAAAUAUGUAUUCCUCAAAAUAUUUUUACACCGUAAUAAAUGCGACGAUAAAUUAAAAAUAAAGUGUACUCUUGUUAAUAGCAGUUAUUGGGCAACAACCGCUACGAUUAAGGCUUCGUUAAGACACCUUUUUUUUUAUCCAUCCCUUCUUCGUUCUCGCUAUGUUAUUGCAUCCGUAUGGGGUGUACGAUCGAAAUCCUUUUUCCAGUAUAUUUAUUUUAAUGGCAGUCGUACACAUGCGGUGACUAUGCUACGAACGGAGUUGACAGGUGCCCAGGCAAAAAAGCGUGGUCGAGAGCGAGCAUAGUAUGUAUAUAAUGUAAGCAUAGAGGGCUGGCAGGCCACAUGUGCCACUCUAUCACUUAUCUACCCGUAAUAUGACAUAUAACCCGGCCAUAAGAUGCAACUGUGAAACGUGCGCGUAUGCGUGGCUGCACGGCGAAGUCUACGCGCGAGCGUGUACGUACACAGGGGGUGAGUAGGAGGAUGCACGGUCGCGCUUCUGUGUGCGUCCCCUCGGAAGAAACGAAGUGCAUCCGAGUUUCGAGGAUCGCGAGAAUCAUAACAAUGCGUUAUACGAGAAGUGGAGAUCCCUUUUCGUUCUGAGAACAAUAUCUGUACUUUAUGUUAAUUAAUUUUGUGUUAAUUUUAUACUGAAAUAAAAUAGAAUUUGAAAAGA